AUGCCGUUUGGAAUUGCAUAUGAUACCGUUACCACUCUAGCACGUUGGAGUAUUCAUGGGUUCUACAGAGAAAUUAAAAUAAUCGGUUAUGACAAUAUACCGAAGGAAGGGCCAAUUGUUGUCUGUUCAACGCACAGUAAUAUGAUCGUUGAUGUAGCAGUACUAGCUGUUACGUUUCCUCACAAAAGAAAAUUGCAUUUCUGGGCAAAGAAUUCUUUGUUUUCUAACAAGUAUUUUAGACCAGUGUUGGUUAGCGGUGGUGUAGUGCCAGUGGAUAGAACCACCAAGAACAAUCAAUCAUUAUUCAAGGCUACAUUUGAGGUGUUGAGAUUAGGAGAAAUCGUUGCGGUCUUUCCAGAAGGUACAUCACAUUCGGAAUCACGUCUCUUGGAAUUAAAGGAUGGUGCUUCAUGGGCCGCUUUGGAAUAUUCUUUGAAUUUGGCUAAACAAGAGCCGGUCAGUGAGGAGGAGAAUGAUGUUAGGAAAGAGCAUGGAAUAUCACAGCCAGUUAUAAUUGUUCCAUGUGGAAUAACUUACAUGCGAAAAUCGAAGUACAGGAGUACAGUGAUAGCCGCAUAUGGGUCCCCAAUACGGAUCGAGCCAUACCUUGAAGAAUUUGAAAAUAAUAAUCGCUCAACUGUUAAGAAAUUAACAAAACACAUCGAGUCUGAAAUAGAAAAAUUAACUAUAAAUGCAUCAGAUUGGAAAACGUCUAAUGCCGCAUCCAUGACCAGAUUGCUGUUGUUUUCUGAUGACAAGCGCAUUCCACUAGAGGAUUUCGUAAAGGUCACUCAAAGUCUUGUCAAUUUUUACACGAGCACGAAUCCAGAAGUGGUUUCAUUGAAAAAUUCACUUGAUCAGUACAAAACUGCGUUGGACAUGCUUCAACUUUCAAAUGCGGACAUAUCAAGAUACGAAGAACGCAGUCUCUCUAUACCCUGGGCACUUUAUACAUUGAUGUGCGAGUUAUUCAAAUUUUUGAUUCAGUUGCCAUUCUUCUUGCCAAGUCUAUUUUUCCAUUGGCCAAUUUAUGCGUUGGGUAAAGUUUCAGUGAAGUUUGAAAAAUACGAAGAAUCGAUGGCCCAAAAUAAAAUUUUCUUGGGUCUGGCGUGGUUAAUGAUUUCAUACACGGUACUAUUCUUCACAAUUUGGACUUUAUUUUUUUAUACUCCUUUGGGUUUCAUACUUUCUGCCGGUGCCGUGUUUAUAUUCGCUUGGUACCAUGUUGCUUUUAUUGAUAUUCAAUAUGAUACAUUCAAAGAGCUUGUCGCGUCAUUUAGAUUGUUUGCGGCGCUUUGCAGCAAGAAAGGCAGUAAGUCAAGAGAACAACUAGAAAAUUUAGUAAUGAAACGUAGAGAUUGCAUAGAUACACUGGGAAAGAUUAGUAAAGAAUAUCGAAGUAGAAGCGAUGAUUUAAGAUUAGUAUUAGAAAUAAGUGAGAGAGAAUGUAUAAGCGACGACAGGGGAAAGAAACGAUAUUAA